CGUCCUCGGCGGGGGGGAGCAAUAUCGCGUGGGAGAAUGUCAGAGCUCUCAGACCUACAACAGUGAUCAUGCCGAGUCCCACGCUUCCGCUCGACACAUACAGGAAGCUCUUUCGCAAAUGCAUCUUGCACCGAACACCCGUCGAUAGGUUCGAGGGUUACUUCCACCAGCUGCUGUCGCGCUCCCCGAUUCCGCCCACGGCCAUCGCCUCUACGGCCCUCGAGCCCGAGCUGACGUCCAAUGCCUCGGACCCGCUCCACCUCCAGUACGUGAGCCGCCUCGUCGAGCGCGACAUCGUCAGUCUCGCCAACAUCCUGGUCGCGCUGCUGCAGACGUCCGCCGCGAAAUCGCUCACCACCUCGGCUACCACGUCCCCCGAGGCCGCGUUCAAACACCUGCGCGGCAGGGAAUUGCUCGAGCAGGAUGUGUUCCUGGUGUUGGCGCUUCUCCUGCGCGGCCAGAAGAAGCCGCGGUCGCCCGAGAGUGUGUGGUCGGCGGUGCAGGCCAUGAGCGAUUGGAUGGAGGCGGUGAUGGCGGCUUCCGGUGCGGGCAUCCUGAGCAGUGGUGAUGGUGCCGCCGAGGGGAUCACCGAGGUGUCGAUGGCACAGGAUCAGUCGAGCAAGCUUCGGCUCGAGGCGCUGGGCGAAUUGAUCAUUGCGCUGGGGGCGAACGAACAGGCGGCCAAGAUCUUGAGUGAAGGAUCGAGGAAGGAGAAGAAACUGGCGUUUCAGACUAGCUUGAGUCUGUUCACGCAGUAUAUCCAGGUCCAGAAUCCGCCGCUGGCGAGCAAGCUGGAGGAGAUGAGACAGCAGUAUCAGAGCCCGAGUCCGAAGCAGCAGAGAGGUAUGCUGAAGGGUGGCCCCAGUGAAACGAUCGAUGGGAUGGUGAUGGGGCUGGGAGGUGAUGCGGCGGAUCUGGGGCCUAUCGUGUGGACUAGGGCACAUCUGUUCAUAUGGCUGGAUAGCUUGAUAUGUGGCCAUCCCAACGUCUACGACGAGAUCAUAAUCGGGUAUCUGUAUAGCCGUUACAAGGAGGAGGCAAAUGUCAUGGUCGCAGACUUUAUUACGGCGGUAAUCGACGUUAUAACGAAUGCACUGGCCCGCAAUGAGACAACCUGUACCCUAUUCCUCCUGCGCUCAUUCCUCUGCAACAAAGUGCCCCUCAUCCUCAAUCGGAUAUCUCCCUCUUCCCUGGCAUCGUCCUACGCGAUAUCACAAACUUUCCUCCGCACGGACGUGGGCACACUCAUGAAUCUUGCGCCGGCGACAUUCGAACCUUUCGCGGACAACUCCAAUUCCAGUCCGGAUAUGAUGUUUGACGACAUCACGGUGGACCUGCGGCAAGACUUCUUGUUUGCUUGCGCUCUGCAUGGUGUCAUCGGCGAGCAAGAAAUCCAGGGGAUAUUGGGCGAGCUUCCGUUGAGUGCGAUGCCGAGUUCUGGAAGAUACGAUUACCGAGUGAUCAUGUCGGAGUGUAAUGUUGACCCUUCGCGGGUCGACCGGUUGCUUGAGGAGAUCGAGGGAGUCGAGGGAAACUCGGGGGCCGUCGUUGCGGCGCUAUUCGAUGUGAUGAAGCAAAUGUGUGAGAGUCGGGAAACAAUGCCGCUCCGAAACAUCUGUAGCUUCCUUGCCCGGAAGCCUAGCAGUAUCGACGUGAUGCUCCUCUUCGUCAAACCGGCCGAGAUACUUGAGCCCCUGUGCGAUCUCCUCGACACUUGGCGGUAUGAGGAGGACCAGGGCGAAUAUCAACCGGUGUACGAGGAAUUCGGAUACAUCCUACUCUUGGUCCUGACUAUAAUCCACCGCUAUUCCUUCACUACCUCCGACCUCGUCUUCUCCCAUCCUCCUAAUAAUGAGGCGUUCAUUCCGCAGCUGCUACACAACUACUCUACGGCCCAGCGAAUAGAAACCCUCGGCUCCUCUGACCGCCAUGCACAGUUGGGGGGCUGGAUCAAAGAGCUUUUCGAGGGAGAGGGCAUUUCGGAUGGCCUCAUGAUGUCCUGUCGGCCACAAGAGUUCUAUCUUCUCAUCCCAACACUCUUUGCCCAAUCCAUGCUCGCGAUCCAGCGCGGGGUCCUGGAUCUUGACACUGUCAACGAAGCAUUCGCGUUUCUGCUUACCCCCUUCCUCUUACCAUCGGUCAUAGCGGGUCUUACAUGGCUUGCCCAGCACCUCUGGAGCCACAUCGACAUCCCCUCACCCAGCCUGUCGAUCCUCACAUCCCUUAUCAUCGCACACGACCUUGCCCCAGAGACAGCCGAGACGCACCGCACCGUGGUCGCCAUUUCCGCGCGGCCUCUCGAUGCCGUUCUCUGCGAGCUCCUCCGCCGUCCCAAAAUCUCGCCCGACGUCAAACACACCACGGAGAAGCUACUAGCCACGCUCCGCCCACACCUCGGGUUCAAGCGCACCGCGACCCCCACCCGCGACGAAGUCGAAUCGUGGAUCCACACCGCCGGCACCGGCGGGCUAGCCAGCGCCGUGGCCAACAACUAUAACCAGCUGCUAGCGUGGAACGCCGGGUCGCCGCCGCAAUACACGUCGCGGCUGCUCGUGACCGCAUGGAAGCUCCUCGGCGCGCGGCGCGUCGUCGAGAUCAUCACCAACGAAGCGGGCAAGAUGAAAGCGGCGGGGCACGCCGGCGUCGCCGAAGACGUUGCGGCCGCCAUGCUGGGCGCAUACAUCGGCGAAGACGGCCGCAUCGACUUUCGCGAGGCGCUGGGCGCGCUGGUGGGCGAGGGCGCGAAUGAUACGCUCGUUGUCGUCAUGAGGAGGGUCGAGGCGGCCUGGAGGCUGUGGGAUGGCGUCAGCGGCGUCCAGCAGCGCAUGCAAGAGGUGAGGGAGAUGGGGGAUGUCGAUCUGGGCGAUAUGGGAUUGGGCGUCGGUGUGGGCGUCGGCGAUGGCAUGGAUAUGUUGAUGGAACACCAUGACUUUGAUGGGAGCAUGGGCGGCAUUGGCGGCUUGCUGGAGAUGGAGAUGUAGUCUAAAUGAUGGCAGCUAUGGAUUCGGUGCGGGUUUCUGGUUUAUUUUCUGGGGGGAUACAGCGAUUCGAUGAUGACGGCCUACAUAGAACUUUCGAUUGUAACAAUCUCCUUGCUGGCAUACUAGGAAAGCGCACCUACUGGGGAUGUGGGAAGUUGUAUGUACUGGAGAUGCCCCUAGACCACAAGAACAUACGUGCCUACCGAAUACCGGUCCAUAUACCCAGGAUACUGAGGGCCUUCCAAGUUCCAAGGUCCAAGUUCCAACCCUCCGCAACAGCAGCAAACAAGUUGCAACCCCAAGACCGAAGGCCGUAUGACCAACAAACACGCUCUGUUUUCUGUUACUUGUUGGAAUGUGUGAACAAGUAUUGUAUUGUCGUUGUAGUGUGAGAGUCUGAAGCCUCGAGAGAAUACAUAAAAGAGGAG